UGUAACUGAGCAGCUCCAUUUUGUGUCGAGGGGAAAAUAAACCAUUUCAGGAGUAAAAACACAGUGAGUAUCUAAAUGUAAAGCUAUAAUCUAUAAACACACUGAAGUGACACUAGAUGCAGAAGAGUUUUGUGGGUUUGUACUGAAGGUUUAAUGUACACAGGUUGUUUUAGGACUUGAUACCGUGACUAUUUCCUGUAAGUGAACUCUGUGCUGAUACAGGGUUUGAUUUAACACACCGAUGUUGGAGUGAAGUAAACGUGUGUCCUGCUGUAAUCUGGAGAAGGAGACAUGACCUCCAACAUGAGUGUGUCUGGAAAACAGGACUUAAAGAAAGACGAGAGAAUGAUGGAGGGAAAGAGAUCAGACUCACCAGAACCCAGCUGUGUGUCCAUGAAGAGUGACGCGUCAAUGGAUCCUCCAAUUAACUUCAGAGGCAGAGACAGUUCUACUGAUGUGAGACCACAAAAGAAGAAAUCAAACAGCAGCAGAAAUCAGUUGGAGUCCAUAUUCAAGGAGCUGGAACACAAAGUCAUCACUCUGAUAAAGAAUGAGCUGAAGAGGUUUAGGAAGCUCCUGAGUCCAGAUUACCCAGCAUGCACUGAGAGGGAGAUGGAGGAUGAGGAGGAUCUGCACAGUGUCAGAGAGGGAGCGCUGAAGAUCACACUGCACGUCCUGAAGAACAUGAACCACACAGAUCUCGCUAAUACACUGCACACCAAGUCUGUGGUCUCUGUGUAUCACUCAAAGUUGAAAUCCAACCUGAGAAAGAAGUGUAAAAGAAUUAAUGAAGGAAUCUCACAGCAUGGAAGCUCAGCACUUCUGAAUGAGAUCUACACAGAGCUCUACAUCACAGAGGGUUGGAGUGGAGACGUCAAUAAUGAACAUGAGGUGAGACAGAUCGAGACAGCGUCCAGGAGACCAGCAACACAGGAGACACCCAUCAAAUGUAAUGACCUCUUUAAAGACAAGUCCAUCAGAACUGUGCUGACUAAAGGAGUUGCUGGAAUUGGAAAAACAGUCUCUGUGCAGAAGUUCAUUCUGGACUGGGCUGAAGGAAAAGCAAAUCAGGACGUCUUCUUCAUGUUUCCACUUCCCUUUAGAGAGCUGAAUUUGAUGAAGCAGCAAAAUCUCACUCUGAUGAAUCUUCUUCAUCACUUUUUCCCAGAAAUGAGAAAACUACAAUUAAUAGACUGUGACUCCUACAAAGUGGUGUUGAUCUUUGAUGGUCUGGAUGAGUGUCGACUUCCUCUAAAUUUCCAGAACAAUGAGAGAUUGUGUGAUGUGACAGAGUCAGCCUCAGUGGAUGUGCUGCUGACAAACCUCAUCAAGGGGAAUCUGCUUCCCUCUGCUCUCCUCUGGAUAACCUCUCGACCAGGAGCAGCCAAUCAGAUCCCUCCUGAGUGUGUAGACCAGGUAACAGAGGUACGAGGCUUCAGUGAUCCUCAGAAAGAGGAGUACUUCAGGAAGAAGAUCAGUGCUCAGAGCCUGGCCAAUAAAAUCAUCACACACAUGAAGUCUUCAAGAAGCCUCUACAUCAUGUGCCACAUCCCAGUCUUCUGCUGGAUUUCAGCCACUGUUCUACAGAGAAUGUUGGGUGAAGCAGAGAGUGGAGAGAUCCCCAAGACUCUGACUGAAAUGUUCACACACUUCCUGAUCUUUCAGAUCAAACACAAGGACCAAAAGUACCAUCAGAAAUGUGAUCCAGAUCCUCAGCAGAUCCGAGAGAGUAUCCUGGCACUGGGAAAAUUGGCUUUCCAACAGCUGGAGAAAGGAAACCUGAUCUUCUAUGAGGAAGACCUGAGAGAGUGUGGCAUUGAUGUCAGAGAAGUGUCCGUGUACUCAGGAGUGUGUACCCAAAUCUUCAGAGAGGAGUUUGGGCUUCACCUGGGGAAGGUGUUCAGCUUUGUACAUCUGAGUGUUCAGGAGUUUCUGGCUGCUUUAUACGCAUUUCUGUCCUUCAUCAGCAGAAAUGUAACAAAACAACAAACCACUGAUCUGUCUGAUCUUUUCAGAAAGUCGAACAUGUCUGAUUUCCUCAGGAGUGCAGUGGACAAGGCCUUACAGAGUGAGAAUGGACACCUGGACCUGUUCCUCCGCUUCCUUCUGGGUGUCUCACUGGAGUCCAAUCAGACUCUCUUACGAGGCUUAAUGCCACAGACAGGAAGCAGCUCUCACCGCAAACAGGAAACAGUCGAGUACAUCAAGGAGAAGAUCAGGUGGAAUCCAUCUCCAGAGAAAUCCAUCAAUCUGUUCCACUGUCUGAAUGAACUGAAUGAUCAUUCUCUAGUGCAGGAAGUACAAACUUACCUGAACAGAGGAGGUUACAAUCGUCUCAGUGGAAUCAGUCUCUCUCCUGCUCAGUGGUCAGCUCUGGUGUUUGUGUUACUGAACUCAGAACAGGAGCUGGAUGAGUUUAAUUUGAGUAAAUAUUACCCAUCAGAGGAAUGUCUUCUGAGGCUGCUGCCAGUGGUCAAAGCCUCCAGAAAAGCAGAGCUGUGGGAGUGUAAUCUGACAGAGGAAAGCUGUAGAGUUCUGUCCUCAGUUCUCAGCUCAAACUCCUCCAGUCUGAGAGAACUGAACCUGAGUGUCAAUAACCUGCAGGAUUCAGGAGUGAAGCUGCUCUCUGCUGGACUGGAGAAUCCACACUGUACACUGGAGAUACUGAGGCUGUGUGACUGUAAUCUGACAGAGGAAAGCUGUAGAGUUCUGUCCUCAGUUCUCAGCUCAAACUCCUCCAGUCUGAGAGAACUGGACCUGAGUAACAAUAAACUGCAGGAUUCAGGAGUGAAGCUGCUCUCUGCUGGACUGGAGAAUCCACACUGUACACUGGAGAAACUGAGGAUGUGGCGCUGCAGUAUUACAGAUGAAGGUUGUGCUGCUCUGGCUUCAGCUCUGAGGUCAAACUCCUCAUCACACCUGAGAGAACUGAAUCUGUACUUUAAUAAUCCAGGAGAAUCAGGAGUGAAGCUGCUGUCUGAUCUACUGAAGGAUCCACACUGUAAACUGGAGACCUUACUAAUUAAGGAUUGUAAACUCAUCAGGACUGGCAUAUGACAGGAGUUUCACCUCAAACCUCUUUUCCAGGAUAAAGCAGUUUUGGUGAAGCGUUAGAACCCGUCCCACAUUUCCAGCAGUUUGGGAGCUGAAUCAUUCAUAUUCAGAUGUAGAAGUUGUUAUUUUUAGCUCCAUGUUUUUAUCUAUUUUUUUUAGUGUGUUUCUGCACAACAGGGAUUCAUUCGGUUUGUUGUAACAUGACAGUGAAUUUUUUUCUCCACAGAUGAUGGAUUAAAUCACAACUAUAAAUCAUUUUUUUCUUAUUUUUUGUUAAACUUCUGUUCAUUGUUUGCUGGUGUGUUUUUAAAGGACAAUUCUGGCAUAAAACUAGAAUUUAAUAUAUUAAUUGUCAUGGUGUGGGUGUUCGUGCAAUUAAAUGAGAAGAGACGACAUGCGAGCUGGAUGCUGAAGCCAUGAACUGGCUAACUUUAUUUUCCGAACAACCCACAAGCCAAAAAAAACCUCUGAUCUCUUAAAGGGGAAAACCUUACAAACACCGUAUGUGAAUUCUGUCACAUCUUUAAACAUAAGUCGCCACAAUGGUGUGUAGUAUUCUGUUGCAUGGGAUUGUAUUGCUUACUGUCUGUUUUAGCAGAAUUCAAGCAAAACUAAGUAAUCAUGUAAUCAUGCUAGCAUUACAGUAGCUAAAUGUGUUGUUGCUAACUUAACUUAUUUGACUCAGUUUAAUUUUGAAAGAUGUACAGUUACUCUCUGCUUGCCUCAUGUUUGUCUUCUUGCUGGCAUAGUUCUAAAAUUUAAAUAAAAUUAUUUUAAUUGAAAAUA